CGCUGAGCAACAGUUGGCCCCGCCGCCGCCCAGCAUGAAAGUGUGCCGGCGGAAGGCGCUGGCGCUGUGCCUGGGCUACGCGCUGCUGCUGCUGCUCGCCGCGCUCAACCUGCUGGAGUACAAGUGGCGACGGGAGCCGCGGCGCUGCGGGGAGCCCCCGGCAGCCCCCCGCCACCACCCCCCGCCGCCGCCGCCGGCCGGGAGCCGUGGCCCGGCGGGCGCCCGGCGGCAGCUGGUCUAUGUCUUCACCACCUGGCGCUCGGGCUCGUCCUUCUUCGGGGAGCUCUUCAACCAGAACCCCGAGGUCUUUUUCCUCUACGAGCCGGUGUGGCACGUCUGGCAGAAGCUGUACCCCGGUGACGCCGUGUCGCUGCAAGGGGCGGCCCGCGACAUGCUGAGCUCCCUGUACCGAUGCGACCUCUCCGUCUUCCAGCUCUACAGCACGGCGGGCGCCGGCAAGAACCUCACCACGCUCGGCAUCUUCGGGGCGGCCACCAACAAGGUCAUCUGCUCCUCGCCCCUCUGCCCGGCCUAUCGCAAGGAGGUGGUGGGUAUGGUGGACGACCGGGUGUGCAAAAAGUGUCCCCCGCAGCGCCUCAGCCGCUUCCAGGAGGAAUGCCACAAGUACCACACGCUGGUCAUCAAGGGCGUACGCGUCUUUGACCUGGCCGUCCUCGCCCCGCUCAUGCGGGACCCGACCCUGGACCUCAAAGUCAUCCAUCUGGUGCGGGACCCCCGGGCCGUCGCCAGCUCCCGCAUCAAGUCCCGGCACGGCCUCAUCCGGGAGAGCCUUCAGGUGGUGAGGAGCCGGGACCCCCACAUCCACCGCAUGCCCUUCCUUGAUGCUGGCCACAAGCUGGGCGGGAAGAAGGAGGCGGGGGGCGGCUCGGACUACCAUGCCCUGGGUGCCAUGGAGGUCAUCUGCAACAGCAUGGCCAAGACCCUGCAGACUGCUCUGCACCCCCCUGACUGGCUCCAGGGCAAUUACAUGGCCGUGCGCUACGAGGACCUGGUGGUGGAGCCCAUCAAGACCCUGCGGCAGGUGUACGGCUUUGUGAACCUGGCGGUCAGCCCGGAGAUGGAGAAGUUCGCCCUCAACAUGACCAGUGGCUCCGGCUACUCCUCCAAGCCGUUCGUGGUGUCGGCCAGGAACGCCACCCAGGCGCUGAGUGCCUGGAGGACUGCGCUCAGCUACCAGCAGAUCAAGCAGGUCGAGGAGUACUGCCACCAGCCCAUGGCCCUGCUGGGCUACGAGCGGGUCGGCAGCCCCGAGGAGGUGAAGGACCUCAGCAGAACGUUGCUCAGGAAGCCGCGGCUGUGACGGGGCAGCGGCGCCCGCCGGGCACCCGGGGCUGCGGAGCCCGGGCAGGGGAGCCGCUCCGGCUGCCUUGAGGGAGGGAGGGAGGGAGCCGGGGAAAGCAACCUGGUCUCCGAUUUCCUCCAAAGACUGCUGAAGGGUAACAUACAGCAAUGUGAUGAUUUCGUUCUUCCUUUUUAAUUUUUUUUUUUUUUAUUACCCACCCCUUGCAUUGGGUUAGAUAUGAUUUUAAAAAAAAAAUCAAGUGGAACUGAAAAUAUGUGUAAAGCCCCUUCCUCCUCCUCUAAAACUACCUGUAAUCAGGCAGUUAAUCUGUACCAAAAUUGUGUUCAUGAAGUUCUUGAGGGUUUGAAGAUGGUAACAAAAACUUGCACAAUUCCUAACACAUCUUUAUCUCCCUUGGUGCGGAGGGGAUGCCCUUGGAAAACAUAAUGCUGAAAAUCAGACUUUUGUAUGAAAGCAAAUGUUCAGACAUGAUAGUAAUAAAAGAAAAUAAUAAAUGAUAUUCAUUUUUAUAAUUACCUCAAUUGUUUGGGAAAUAGAGUGUUGCUUAUGUACAGCUGGAGGGGAUGCUUGCUUAAAAUAACAACAUGGACUUCUUAAAGGGUAUGGGUGGAGGGCUGGAGUGCAACAUUUGAUGUGUACAAAGAUCAGGAGCUGCUCUUGCAGGAACAGUACAGAUCUCGCAAGUGUAGUGCAGGUUGUAUGGCUAUGUCAAAGCAGGUUUCUAUUGAACUAUUGUCUUUUCAGUUGUAUUUAAAAAGUCUUUCAAGUGCCACUGUAUUAGUGUCCUAAGAGUUUAAAAACGUUUGCCAUCGCAGCAGUAUUUAUUUUUGUCUUGACAUGUAUGUCCAGGAGUCACUGUCAAAUAGAAGUGGAUUUACGGCGUGACAAGAAAUGCAGGAUUUAAAAAGACAUUUAUCAUUCUGGAAACAUUAGCAUGUGUGAAAACAAAAAUAAAAUUAUAUAUAUUAUAUAUAUUCUAUAGUGCUAACAAAACAUAUGUAAGAUAUUUCUUGACAAUUUCUUGAUUGGUAACAGGCAUAGCAGGGAAGCAUAGAAAAAUGCAUAAAAUGAUUAAUUUUUUCCCUUUGUCUGUGUCUGAGGGUAUAUUUAUAUACUAAGAGGGAGGAAAUGUACAGCUGUGUGUUCAUGGCUGUAAUAGAGCUUUUAUGGAGCCAGCCCAGCGUUUGAUUUCAGAGUGCUGGUUGGAGACUCGUUGCCUGUGAAUUGUCAUUGCUCUGUGAUGGAGCCAGAUGGUGGUCUGGCUCUUUCUGGGAGCUCUGCCUAGAGUCUGUCCCAUCGUUAAAACUUGAUGAUUAAAAAAAAAAAAAAAAAAGAAAAAAGAGAUUUUACUACUUCUGCUUUUGUAAUUUCUUGGAAAAAGUCCUGAUUUAUUAAAGGUUAAGUGGUGUGUUGCAUAUGAAAAGUGCAGACACCCUAAGUAGUUUUUAAUCUUGGUGUUCUCUGCUGCUCUUUGAAGGCUCAUUUUGGAACUUGAGUUUUUAAACAAACGUAGUUUUGCCAAACAGUUCUCUUAGGAGACUACAGACUUUUCUACAGGAAGUACAUUUUACAUUGCCUAUUUGGGUGUUGUGCCUUCAGAAAAUGUGAAGAGUAUGAGUAGGAAAAAGGAGAUUGAUUUGUGAAAAUAAAUUAAUAUAAACAGGAUGCUGAUAAGUGUGUGUGUAUGUGUGGGUGUAUGUGUGAAAAUUUUAGUGAUGUGUAAUAUGUCUAUUUCUUGUAACUCAAAGAGCUGAUAACUGGCUACUAAGAUUUUUGAGUUCUUGAUGAAAUUUUGGCAUUAGAUGUUGAAUUUAUUCUGAAAAAGAAAAACAUUUAAUAAACUAGUUAAAAGAUUAUUGCAUAAGGUUGCCUAUACACUUGCUGAAUGACUGCAUUACACAUUGGUUCCCUCAGCUCAUUUUCACCAUCAGUGAAAUAACAUAAAAUUUAGCAAUGGGAGAUCUUUUAAUUGUCUUGUUAGGGUAUAUUUCCAGAUUCCAGACAGCAGUGCUAGAAACGGGAGGGAUAGUUAAUUUGGUAUUUAAAAUACAGAUAAAGGUACUUGUGUUGUUUUGGAAUGAUGUGUUUUGUGUUACCACUGUGCAUGUUCAGUGCCAUGCUGAGAGGAUUUUGGAUGUUUGGCUUUGUGCUGUACCGAAUGGGGUUUUUUAUUUUCUUCAGUUGUUGUGUCUGGGGGCACUGCUUGGAAAUCUGACCUGCUUGUCGAGCAGUGUGCUUGCUUUUUGUCCCUGCCUGCUUUCUGGAGCUGCCCCCUGCCCUGCCGGUGCUCUGGCAGCGCUGCUGUGGGCAGGGCAGGCGGCUGGAGCUGGGAGCCCCUCUGGAGCUGCCCACGGAGCACCAGCCCAGCUCCGGACACCGCCUCGGCUCCGCUGGCCUCAGCGUGGAACUUUGCACAGGUCUCGAGAUGGGGGCUUUUCAUGUUACAGCAAAAGCUCUUCGAUUUUGGGAGCUGAAGCACAGUCAUUUCUGCAUGGUCUUUUUUGGGAAAGUUUUCAGGAUGAGUACAGUGAACAGGAAUCAGUUGCCUCUGGGAGUGUGAAAGAGAUGAGCCCAAUUGUCUUAGCUUCCAAAAAUGUCUUUUGCCUCCUAAUUAUGUUAAAAAGAUCAUCCUGUCAUUCUGAGACAGCACUCGCUGCUCUUCUAACAGUGGUGCAUUGCAAGCAUCUGCUUUGCUUUCCUGAUACAAACACUGCCAGUAGAGUUACAGCAUCUGAAUCUGGUCCAUAAUUUGGGCUCCACCUACUACAUUGCAGCAAGGAAUCACCCAACAUACUGUACAUUGUACCCUGGUGUGCUUUGGUGAACAGAAGAAAUAAUGCAAUGUUCAUUUUGUGAAAAUAAAGGACUGCAUAUUUGUUCAGGUAAAGCUUCAGGAAAACUGAAUGGGAUCCUGAUUGUGUAAAAUGCUGGUGGGCUAAGCCCUAUGUUUAAUGCUGCUCUAUUUAAUAAGUAUGUGAACAACUGGCAAUUAAAACACAAUUUUUAGCCCUUUUUUAUAUUCAGGAAAUAGAAUUGGAGGAACUUUAACAAGCCAAACAGAGUUGAAAAAAAGUUUUAAAUAUGGAAAAUUACAGGAUAAAAAUAGCAUAUCAGAAAGAUGAAGGACAUGGUACAAAAGAAGUUUUCCUUUUGUGAGGGGGGACAGCCAGCUGUGGUCAGAAUAAACUUGACUUUUAAGCUUGAAAAUA